AUGGAGGCUGAUCGGAUAGAAGAGAUGGACAUCGAAUUCUUGUCUUCCAUGUGGCCAAAAGAUGUCGGAACCCAAACAGACAACAAGUUCAACGUCGAGAAACCAGCAGGAGAUUCAGACACCUUAAAAGAAGUUGACAUCGCUGAGAAACGCACCAUGGCGGAUUUAAAACGCUUACCGGAACUAAUGAACAUCACUGACCAAGGCUCCUCUCAACUAAACAACCUCGUGAAAAAAUGGGAGCAUAUGCAAGACCAUGAAGUUAAGCUAUUAAGAGAAGACCUCAAGAUUCUCACCAUGCAAAGAGAAGAAGCUAACACCAAAGAGUUAAAGAUCAUAGAAGAGCCUGAGAACGUUCCGGUUUUGGAUGAUACAAGCCAUUUGUUCCGCAAGUUUAAGCACAAGAAACGUGAUGAGUUGGUUGGUAGCAAAAGGGUUGAGAUCGAUGAGGAGUUUGACACGGUUGCGUAUUGGAAACAAAAGGCGUUGAGUUUGGGGAAGAUGCUUGAAGCGAGUACUGAGAGAGAGAGGAGAUUGAUAGAGAAGCUGAACGAGAGUUUGAAGACUAUGGAGAAUCACUCAGCACCGGUUGAAGAACUGACUCAGAAUCUUGAAAGAGCUGAAGUGUUCUUGCAUUUCAUACUUCAGAAUGCACCUAUUGUUAUGGGUCAUCAAGACAAAGAUCUACGUUACUUGUUCAUCUACAAUAAGUUUCCUAGCUUACGAGAACAAGACAUAUUGGGGAAAACAGACGUGGAGAUAUUCCAUGGAGGUGGAGUGAAAGAGUCUGAAGAUUUCAAGAGAGAGGUUCUCGAGAAAGGCAAAGCAUCAAAGAGAGAGAUCACAUUCGAGACAGACUUGUUUGGAUCCAAGACUUUUUUGAUAUACGCUGAGCCUGUUUACAGCAAAGCUCGUGAGAAAAUUGGUAUAAACUACAUGGGAAUGGAAGUAACUGAUCAGGUAAGGAAGAGAGAAAAGAUGGCUAAACUUAGGGAAGACAACGCAGUGAGAAAAGCUAUGGAGUCAGAACUGAACAAGACCAUUCACAUUACAAUGUUAAAAUUGUGCCACAGAAUGAACUGUGUUCUGCUUUUCUGUUGCUAUGUUUUUCAUUCAUAUUCUUCAUGA